AUGCGUAAGACAGCGAGCUCGGGUUUCGUCUCAGCUUAUGAGGGAUUUACCCGAAUCCCGCGUCAAGCCGAGUCGCCCUUUUUCGCACUACACCUGGAGCUCGUCUCGGACUAUACCUCAGAAAGCUUUCUCGCAGCAUUUGAUAGAUUUGUGUCCCGCCGAGGCUUACCCUUAUGCGUGUACUCAGAUAAUGGUACUAAUUUUAAAGGUGCCGAAAACAAACUUAAAUCGCAGCUUCGUCAAGUGACUUCGGAUAUCAAUUUUAAGAAUAUUUUCGCGUCUGACGAGAUUACCUGGAAGUUUAUUCCUCCUGGAGCUCCUCAUUUUGGAGGACUUUGGGAAGCGGGAGUAAAAAGCGUAAAAUUUCACUUAAAAAGAAUCAUUGGAGAAUUCAAGCUUACUUACGAAAAGUUCAAUACACUUCUAUGUAAAGUAGAAAGCUGCUUGAAUUCACGUCCUAUACACCCGCUAAGUGAUGAUCCCGAGUCAUUUGACACGUUAACACCAGGACAUUUUUUGACUGGGUCUCUGUUGAAGGCAGUACCUACGCCGUCUUUGUUGAAUUUAUCAGAAAACCGAUUGUCGCGCUGGCAGACCGUACAAGCUAUCACUGAGAGGUUCUGGAAAGUUUGGUCAUCCGAUUAUCUUAAUUCUCUACAGACGUGCUCAAAAUGGCCAAAACAUAGGUCUAAUUUGAAAAUUAAUGAUUUAGUGCUAAUUAAAAAUCCAAAUUUCCCUCCAACUAAGUGGGAACUCGAAAGGGUAGUAAAAGUUUACCCGAGGACAGAUAAUCUAGUGCGAAUGGUCGACGUAAAGACUGUAAAUGCGAUUUAUACUCGCCCCAUCUCCAAACUCUGUCUACUACCGGUCGCCGAAAAUAAUACUUUUUCUGUCGAGUCGCUGCAGUAA